AUGUUCUGCAACCUUCAAGUGGCUGUUGGCCACUGCAAGUACAGAUAUACUGUCACCUUCACCAAGCUGAUUGGCAGCUUGCUCUGCAGGAAGACCCUUCUGGUUCUGGUGGUGAAUCCAAAGGAUGGAUCCCACGGAGAUGGUUUUUGGGAUCUUGAUCCUACUGGAGAUCAGCUUCGAGGCUUUGGGGAAUGUGUUCCUCUUCUGGUUUACGUCUACCAGGUCUCUGCCAACAAAAAGACAAAGUCCUCAGACCUAAUCCUUGUCCACCUGGCCGUGGCCAACACCAUGACCCUUCUGAUCAAGGGAAUCCCAGACAUUCUGUCAGCCUGGGAACUGAGAAAUGUCCUGGGUGAAGUUGGUUGUAAAACCCUCCUUUACCUGUACAGACUGUCCCGAGGUCUGACCAUCUUCACCACCUGCCUCCUGAGCAUCUUCCAGGCUGUCACCAUCAGUCCCUGCACCUCCCAGUGGGCAGGACUUAAAGCUAAAUUACCCAAGUGUAUCACCCCAACAUGUCUUCUCUCCUGGAUCUUCAAUAUGCUGGUGGAUGUUACUACACCCAUAAACAUGACAGGUUCGCAGAACAGCACAAGUAGGCAAACUAUCAACAUUCUGAAAUACUGUUCCUCCACUAGCAUUAGUGCAAUAACCACCCUGGUCGAUGCAAUCGUGCUCUCCUUUCGGGAUCUGUUUUUUUGUGGGGCUCAUGAACAUCACGGGCAGGUCCAGCACUUUCGUGGAUGUGGCCACUCCUCCAGGCAGAUGCCCGAGAUCAGAGCAGCCAGAUGUGUCCUUGCCCUCGUGACUCUCUACAUCCUUCUGUAUGUGAGGGAGACCAUCACUAGGCAUACAGGACACAUGAUUUCACCAGGAAUGACAAAUGUUUUAGGUGUGGUGCCAGACAAAUGA